AGUUUCUGGCUGUUAGUUUAGUCGGCAGGUUUUCGAUGUUAUCGCUUUCCAUGAGUGCGCGCCCAUAACAUCGGCUGGAUGGUUGUGAAGUUCAGCAUGAAGAGGAUCAUCAUGAGUUGCAGUGGUUCUUUUGUCCAAAUUACCAACAAACUCCAACAGAAUCAGGUUUCAGUUCAGUUGUGAAGCUACCGGCCGACAGAGCACACCUAAAAAGCAGCUAAACCCAAAGGAACACAUACUUGUGAGACAUGAAGACAAUUGGGGCUUUCUUUACCUUGGCCUAUGUCUUGGGACCAAUCUUGGCCAUCCCUGUGGAUCUAAAUGAUGAGGUGGAAUUUGUGGAACCCGUAAACACCAAUGCGGACAGUCCAGUGACUUCUGAAGGCAUCCCUGCCCAAAUUCCUAUUUUGGUGAUUCGAACUGGAAAUCCGUUCUUUGGAUCUUUCGGAGGAUCCGGGUUUCCGGGACUGAGACCUAAAAGUCAAGACGAGCCAUCUGCCAACGGUGCGGGAUCCUUCCUCGGUUUUGAAGACAUUUUCAACUCAUUCUUUGGUCCUUCGCGUUCCAACACUGAAGCUGACUACGAUGGCGAUUUUGAUGACACCGUAAAUCUGAGGCCCUUAGACGAAGCCAUUCCCACUAGUGGGACUCCCCAAUGUGGUUUGAUCUGUCAGAUCAUGAACCAGUUUCAGGGACAAAUUGCCACCAUUGAAAAAGAAAUCCACGACAUCCGUGAGAAGGAACAAGAACGCGAGAACGAGAUUGAAGUCGACCGAGUUGAUAGUCAAGAGGAUCAAGAUAACGAGCCCCAGCACACCUACGAGGAAAAGAUCUUGCCUGACGGGAGCAUCGUAAGGAUUAACCGGACAGUCUUGACCGACCGAAAUGGUGACGGCUCGGCAUUUAUUUUCCAUUCCACAUCCUUCCAUAACAUCCUCUCCCCUGAAGAUCACGCAGAUGACGGACCAUCGGCCGCUGGGGAUGAUUCCAACCCUAACAAUGACGAGGCCACAGAUUUCGAGGACGUAGACCCCAAAUAGGACGAAGAGCCAUCUUUCGAAUAUCCUGAGGCUGAUAUUCCUGACCUUAAAGAUGUCCAGGAAGCUGAUGAAGCGCGUAGCAAGCGAUCGGCACAGUUUGGUCAACAAGUGGAAUCCAGUUUCAAACCCAAGUUCUUCCAAAAAGCUCCAUCCAAGCCUCAAUCCUCGCAAAAUGGAAAUCUUAUCCUGGCCGAUCCCUAUGACAACAACCCUGCUCCGAAUCUCGCCACCGAUACCCGUGUCAACGAGAUCAUCAUGGAAGAUGCACGUCGAGGAGGCCUUAUCCGUAUCGAUCCUGACUCGGAACUCAUUGAGGAGAACGAGUUUGGUCAAGUGGUUCCAAUUCAAUUUGGACAAGCCCCGGUCCAAGCUGAUGAUAGCCCAUGGGAGCAACAACAAACAGUUCGAGUGUUUCAGUCCUGAGAGAGUUGUGCGUAAAGUCGCUCUUGUUCAGACUUGUAACCAUGCUUUAGAUUUGAUUGAAUCAGCUUAAAAUUCCAAUAGGUUUAUAUCUUUGCCAAUAAUGAAAGCUCAAAUGGUUCUUGGACAAUUACAUUUUGGAUCUUU